AUGCCUUCGCCUGAGCUGCCGUGGCGGAACAGAAGCUCCACUCUCGCAAACAGCAACAGCACGCCGCUCUCUCGAGGAUUGAGGCACCGAUCCGCUUCUCUCAGCCCAAGCAAGUCCCGCAACAGCGAACACACCAACUGGCACGGCGACCGCCAGGCCUGCACCGGCACGCCCACAGAACCACCGCACUUUCCACCCAUAGCCCGCACCUCGACAGCCCGCGGCCGCGCAGCCGCACCCCGUCCUCCGACGCAUUGCCCUGACACGCGCGCCGAAUCCCCCGGGUCCGAUACCUGCGGCGCCGUGAGCUCAGACAAGCACUCUCUCGUCGCGCAAACAUACAAUGAGCUGCAGGACGAGUUGGAAGAAGCACACAUGGCCGCGGAGGCCGCUUUGGAGGCUGUGGGGGAGGCAGAAAAGAAGGUGGUUGACGUCCAGGACCGGAUCGAAUGGACGCCCGCCCCGUCGACCAGCUUCUUGCGGCCCCGGGAAUCCCAUCGACCAGCCUACAUGCAACGUCUUGACGGCAAUAUUCAUAUUCUGGAGGUGAAACCACCAUGGACUACAGAGAUCAAGCUGUAA